UAAUAAUAAGAGAGGGAAAGAAAGAAGGCGGGUAUUAGUCGGUGGUGUUGGAGGUUGAGUUUCAAUUUUGAAGAAACUAUUUUAUCAACCAAAACCCACAUCCUUAUACUUACUACUGCUACUGAAUUCCUAUUAUCCGAGUAUCAUCACUGCGAUCUCAGAAAAAUGAGUGGGCCAAUGCAGGAGGACGUCCCUGGAAAGAAUGAGGAAGAGGAGUUCAACACAGGACCUCUUUCUGUUUUAAUGAUGAGUGUCAAGAACAAUACUCAGGUACUUAUCAACUGUAGGAACAAUAGGAAACUUCUUGGGCGUGUGAGGGCUUUUGAUCGUCACUGCAACAUGGUCCUGGAAAAUGUUAAGGAGAUGUGGACUGAGGUGCCCAAGACUGGGAAAGGAAAGAAAAAAGCUCUACCCAUCAACAAAGACAGGUUUAUUAGCAAAAUGUUCCUUCGCGGGGAUUCUGUGAUUAUUGUUCUUAGGAACCCUAAGUGAGAGCGAUGUAGUCAGGCUAUAUGGCAUACAAGGGGCUUUUGAGAUGGGAUCGAAACUCUCAGCAUUUUGGAUUGUAAAAAAAGGGGAACCCGCCGGAGUGUUUUUGAUUAAUUUAAGGUUAAUGCAGCUAGAUGUUUGAAUGGACAUCGUGUUUGGUGCCAUCUUCGACCUGAGUUGAUUGUUAAACACCUGAGUCUUAAAUGUCCCCUCUGUAGACACCCAGAUUUUCGUUUUUGUAUUUUUAUGUAUUAGAAACUAAGAAGUAACGCUCAUCUCACCAAUUACUUAAGAUCUAGGUUUUUUUAUUCUA